AUGGCUCGUUACCAGCUCAUAGGCCGCAAGAAGGUGCCGAAAACCAAGCCUUCGCCCGUACUGUACCACAUGCAGCACAUCUGCGGACUUCCCCACGAGAUUCUCCUUCAAAUCUUCGAUUCUCUCGACGAACGAGACCUCCUCAACUUAUCGCUCACUUGUCUGCGGUUCAGAAGCAUCAUCAACAAAACCUACCUCUACCGUCACGUAUCGUUAACCGAGGCGUCGUUCUCCAAGUUCUCCCUUUCCCAUGUGCGUACCAGCUCCAAGAGUGCGUUGUCGAAGAAGUUCAAGAGCACAAGCCCCCUGUCCAACAUCAACUACAUCCAAGAGUUGACCCUUAUCAACCCACCCAUCCGUGACUCCGCAGACCGCACGAUCUCGAUUGCAGGCUCCUACGGAGUCAACAGCAACCUCAAAAGCGGAAGCCAAUCCAACUACCAGAACUACGUGAGUUCCCUUCGGAACCUCCUUGAAGAUGCAUACGGACUCAAACGAGUGUCGAUAUUCGAAAUAUCCCCUCACUUUGAAUUCUUCAAGGAUGUGGUGCCUGUCCCCGCCCAGAAGAGCUUCUGGAAAAAGGCUGCUCCGUCCAGGUCCUUGGACUUCGUCGAGCUCAAACCUCAAUCGGGGUGGUCCAUCAUAUUCAAAUGGUCCCAUAUUGCCAUAUUUUUCUCAUAUCACGAACACUUGAAAGAACUCUGCUUGCACAAUUUUAUUAUAGAUGACCUCAAGUUGGCCAAUGCUCCAGUUCCUUCUGUGUCCAUCGAAAAGCUCACGAUUGAUUCGUGUUCUUAUGCUGAUUCUUUCAGGAAAGUUAACCAGUCCAAAAAGCCUUGCCUACUUCUUGCUGAUGUCCAUUCCCUACAGUUACUCAAUAUAGUCCACGGGACCGAUCUUUCCAUGAUAGACUACGUUAAACAAAACGGUAAACUACAGGAACUCACGUUGGAUAUCAAUUCUCCUUUAUUCUACCAGCAGCUGGAAGGCAACUUUCAGUUUCAUUUUGACAAGUUCAAUCCGUUUUUCCAAUUACUUUGUGCUGGCACAGGAGGAUAUUCUUCUAUAAAGCAUUUGCAAUUGGUCAAUUUUGAUCUUUUCCAGUACGCGUCACUAAAGGAUAUCAGUGAUAUCGACUCUUGGGUUGAACCUCCCACUGAUACAUUUGAGUGUUUCAUGUCCUACAUAGGGAGAAUUGACAGGUUGAUAAUAACCCUCAACCAAUGGCCGGGUGAAGUUUUGAAGUUUAGCAAAAAUGUAACUGAGCUAACGACACAGGAGUGGGACCAUAUUUUGGAACCGUUGGUGACAUCUAAUGAAUCCUGUGUGCUCACAAUCAAGGACUAUAGCAUGAGAACCCUUUUCAGUCGCAAACCUGAGUUCUAG